UAGAAAUGGCGAAUGGGGCCAUCCCUGUGGCGAGGAGGGUGGUUAUCGUGCGCCAGGUGCGCAUCGUUGCUCUUGCCUAACCUACUCUGUCAGCAUUUACGUCAACGAAAUUAGAUGCCCCGGGGCCCGAUUUGUUGGCUGUUGUGGCGAUAAAUGCCAAGCAAUCUGGGGGACCUAGCUAUUUACAGUUGGUUGUUCGAGUUUUCCAAAGUUGGGAAGUGCGAAUUAAUUGGCGGGCCUGAGCAUUCGAUUCACGCUUCUGUGGAGCUUUCGUGACUUGGAUUGAGUUUGCGCUGCGGUUUUUGGUUCGAUCGAUUGGAUUAGUUAAUUAUUGCGCUGAAGAUGGGGAAGAAGAAGGUGAUGCUGCCGGCGGACGAAGUCGACAUGGAGACGGUGAAAUAUCGGGAUGAGAAAAUCGAAGCGCCGAAAUUGACUGGAAUUGUAUUUAAGCUAUUUGUUAAGCUGAUCGAAGCUCCUCUAAUUGGUUCCUUGAUUAUAUCUCAUCUGAAACACGAGAAUAAGAUGGUUGAGAUGCUGAGGAACACUGCGAUACCAGAGGCUCCGAUGUUUAAGCCUGAGUUUCCUCCACAAGAAUCGGAAACAGAAGUUGUUGUUUUGGAUGAGGAUGGAAAGGCUGAGGAGAGAGUUGAAUUGGCACUGAAGAUUCUUCCAGAUUAUGACCCUGCUAAGAGUUGGAGUUCAGAGUCUAUUUCACCUUUCCGCUAUUGGAAGAUUAGAGAUUAUGCGUAUGCAUACAGAUCUAAACUUACAACCCCAUCUAUUGUUGCAGACCGAUUCAUCUCAGCAAUGGAUGACUUCAAAGGUAAGAAACCUCCAACUCCGUUGUUGAUAACCUAUGACCCUGAGCUUAUACGAGUGCAAGCGGCAGCUUCCACCCAAAGGUUUGAGGAAGGAAACCCAUUGUCAAUCCUUGAUGGAAUUUUUAUCGCAAUUAAGGAUGAUAUAGACUGCUACCCUCAUCCCUCAAAAGGUGCAACAACCUUUUUCCAUGAGAUUCGUCCUAUUGAAGAGGAUGCAGUAUCUGUUGCAAGGUUGCGUACCUGUGGUGCGAUCUUAGUUGGAAAGGCAAAUAUGCAUGAACUGGGUCUCGGAACAUCAGGAAAUAAUCCAAAUUAUGGAACGACUAGAAAUCCACAUGCUCUGGAUAGAUACACUGGUGGAUCUUCUUCUGGUCCAGCAGCAAUUGUUGCUUCUGGAUUGUGCUCAGCUGCUCUAGGAACAGACGGUGGAGGUUCUGUUCGUAUUCCAUCCUCUCUAUGUGGUGUAGUGGGACUGAAAUCGACAUAUGGUCGGACAAGUAUGAGUGGUGCAUUAUGUGAUUCAGGUACAGUAGAGAUUAUUGGACCCAUUGCAUCAACUGUUGAGGAUGCUUUGCUUGUGUACUCAGCAAUUUUGGGAUCGUCACCUGAGGAUAAGAUUGCCUUAAAACCUUCGGUCCCUUGUUUGCCUAAUCUCAAUUCACAUCAGAGUUCCGAUGUUCUUGGAUCUUUAAAAUUGGGGAAGUAUACAGAGUGGUUUAAUGAUGUAUUCUCCCCCGAAAUCUCUGAUAAGUGUGAGGAUAUUCUCAAUAGAUUAUCAGAAAUACAUGGGUGCAAGACCGUAGAGAUUGUUAUACCAGAGCUUAAUGAGAUGCGCACUGCUCACAUUGUCUCAAUUGGGUCUGAAUCAGCAAGCGGGUUGAGUGCAGAUUAUGAAGAUGGAAAGCGGGUGGAAUUCACACUCGACACAAGGACAAACCUAGCACUUUUUAGGUCAUUUUCAGCAGCAGACUACGUAGCCGCUCAAUGUUUAAGGAGAAGGCUCAUGUACUACCAUAUGGAGAUUUUUAAAAAAGUAGACGUCAUUGUGACUCCAACCACAGGGAUGACCGCGCCUCCGAUACCUUCGGCUGCACUUAGUUAUGGCGAGACAGAUCUACAAGUUGCCGGAAAUUUAAUGCGAUUUGUUGUAUCUGCAAAUCUUCUCGGAUUACCAGCCAUAUCCGUCCCUGUGGGAUACGACAAGCAAGGCCUCCCAAUCGGCCUGCAAAUCAUAGGCCGGCCAUGGUGUGAAGCUACAAUAUUGCGUUUGGCUGCUGCAGUCGAGGAACUUUGUGUUACACAGAAGAAAAAACCACUGCAGUAUUAUGACAUCUUGAAAGGGAAAUGAACUGAAGAGAGGUAUGAAGUGUGAUCAAUCUUUUUUUUUCUUUUUUUUCCUUGUGAUUUAAAAUGCAUAAAUAAACAUUUCUUGUGGGCUCAAAAGCAAAAAGAUUUCUGUGGAUUAUGUGUCUAUCCAGCUUAUGGAGAAUUUGUAAGUAAAAAUUUAUUUGGUGUGAGCCAAGAAUCCCAAGAUGUUACAAUUGCA